GGGCUGUUGUAAUGUUAAAUUUGGCAUUUUUGUCCUCUAUAAUUUGCUACAUCAUAGACAAAAACAAAACAUGACACAGUGUGUUUCCGCAUAUCCAGAAGAAAAUAUAUAUCAUCAUCCAUCAUCCUGCAUGAUUAAGCUUGACCUUGCACUUCAUCCUCAAUUCCCUUAUGCCAGGUCUCAUGAGAACCCUCCCCCACUGCACAGCUGGUAUUCACUAAAAAAAAAAAUCAAAACAAAACCAGUCAGCGGAUGAAAUCUUCCCUGCACAGAAGAAAGGGCUUGAAAGGAAGACACUCCCUUCCACAAAUGCCACGGGAUCAGGCUUUCACACAAUGCUCCUUUUCAACAUUAGCAUUCCUGAAAGUGACUCUACAGCAGUAACAUUUUAUGAAGAAACUGUAUUUUUGGAAGAACACAGAAAAAGACUUUUCUGAAGUAGGUCAAUAUGGUGGUGUAACACAGACUGUUGUAUGAAAGCUACUUGGUGGAUAACAUUGAACUUGGUGAGACAUCAUUAUGGAGACAAAUCACUGUGUUUUCCAUGUGUUUCUCUGCAUUUCUCUGAUAAUGACACACUGGGACAUGAGUUCAGCUUGCCACGCAGGCUCUCAGGCAGAAUGUGAGAAAGCACCAUUUGUGCCUGGUUACAACCUGGCAGGCGAAGGCUUUGACGUUGUCAGGAUGCGGCGUAAAGGUGCAUUUUUGAUCAAUGUCAAGUCACACAUGGACAAUGGCACUUGUACGGUCUGCAAGAACCGCUUUCAGGGAGGGCAGAUGCAGAAACUUCCCUCAGCCAUGCUGGACUGGCGUCCCUUCAGCCGCUGCAGCAAACAGCUUUCUACUGCUCUCCAUCAUUCUGUUGACUCCCUAAUGAAGAGUUCAACAUCACUCAUCAACAACAACUGGGAAAUGGACCUUAACCUUAAUGACAUUGGAAAGGCGAUUUUGGGAGGGAGCCGUUCAGAUAUUGCUAAAUUUGCCCAUUCUCAGAAUGCAAUGGAUAAGGCAACAUUUGCCCUCCAUGAAAUCAGUUGUACAUAUUACAGUUACAGAGUUACAGAUCACCCGGAGAUCAGCAAUGAAUUUGCAAAACAUCUCCAGCGACUUCCGACACAGUAUGAUGAUGAAAUAAAACCCCUGUACCGAAGAACUAUAGAUACGUACGGCACUCACUACAUACGUCAGGUCCAUCUGGGAGGGCGAGUGAGACGGGUCACGGCUUUUCGAACUUGUCUUGCAACCCUGAAGGGCUACUCUGAGACUGAUAUCAAGAACUGUCUGAAUAUUGAAUUAAAGAUGAAUUUAGGGUUCUUGCCAGCUAAUGUGACUCUCUCCAACAAAUGCUCUCAAAUCCUUAAAGAUAACUUGAGCAUGGGAUUCUACCAGGGCUUCAUGACCCACAAGAUAGAGGUGCUGGGAGGUGAGAAAUACUUUCCAGACCUUGUUUUAAACCAAAGCCCAGCUGAAGCGUACUCGAACUGGAUGAUGAGCUUGCAUGACAACCCUGAUGUUAUAUCAUAUGCAAUUUUCCCUCUCCAUCAUCUGGUGGCUGAUCCUGAGGUUAGUGCCAAUCUGAAAAGUGCAAUAACAGAGUAUAUUGAAGAGAACAUGCUUUCUGUGGAGCACAAGGAGAAUCAAGGAUGUUCUCAGACACCAAAUCUGGAUUACAACUGCUGUCCUAUGCGAGCCGCCCGUGGCAUGUUGACAGUGUUGGUGCAGAGAGCCGCAGGCCUGAAAGCAGAUCUCUUCACACGCACUGAUGGCUAUGUGAAAGUUUGGUACAACCUUAUGUAUGAGGAGACUGAUGUGGUUAUGGACAAUAAUGAUCCUGAAUGGAACAUCACCUAUGAUUUUGGAUCAAUUGAGUUUGGUCAUGAACUCAUAUUUGAGGUGUGGGACAGUGAUGUCUUUUAUAAUGAUAUGGUGGGGAGAUGUGUGGUCAGACCUGAACGUGGGACUCAUUCACACAGCUGUAAAUUAAAGCGUGGCAUUCUUUAUUUCACUUACAGUGCUUCUUGUGAUGCUCACCUGACUGGACCCAGUUGUAGCAGAUAUUCACCAAAAACAUAAGACCUUUUAUUGGUAUAGAACAAACUAUAACUAUAAAGAAUAUUACUGCAUAUUAAUUUUUAGGGAUGACACAUCAUAUACACAGAUCAUAUAGAAAAAAAUAAGCACAAAUAAAAAAUAAUCACAUUUUCAUUAUUAUUAUUAUUCUUUCAAAUAAAUUUCCAGUAUUUUUAGUGUUCAAAUGUAAUGGCACAUUUUGUUGUUCCUUGUUGAAAAAAGUGUAAGACUGCAAUGUUUAUUUCUAAGACUUGUAGAAGAUUUGUUACUGAAACUCAGUAAUAUAACUCAAUAGUUUUGCUUUCAGUGGUCUGAUUCCUAUGCGUGUCUGUGGUUGUAUGUAACACAAAGUGAAAUAUGAGAUCUUUUCAUGCUCUGUAACAGAUCAUUCAAUUAAACAUGACUGUGCAUUGCAUGGCUCAAUAAAGACCAUACGCAAU